CCGCAGCGCAGGCCGAAAGCGGAAGUUGAGAGAAGGAAGGAAGGAGGGGGAGCCGAAGGGACGCGAUGCUGGGCGCGCGGCGCGUGGUCUGCGCGCUCUCGGGCGGCGUCGACAGCGCCGUGGCUGCAGUCCUGCUCCGGCGGAGAGGAUAUGACGUGACUGGAGUUUUUAUGAAGAAUUGGGACAUUGCAGAUGAAAAAGGAGUUUGCUCUGCUGACAAAGACUGUGAUGAUGCUUACAGGGUUUGUGAGAUACUCAACAUUCCAUUUCAUCAGGUUUCCUAUGUAAAAGAAUAUUGGAAUGAUGUCUUCAGCUACCUCUUAAAUGAAUAUGAACUAGGAAGGACUCCAAAUCCUGAUAUUAUAUGCAACAAAUACAUCAAAUUCAAUUAUUUAUUUCAUUAUGCUGUGGAUAAACUUGGAGCAGAUGCAAUUGCAACAGGCCACUAUGCCAGGACCUCCCUGGGAGACAAUGAAGUAUUCCAGCAAAAAUACAUUCAGAGGCCAAAAGGCCUCUUCAGGAAUAGAUUUGAAAUAAGAAAUACUGUAAAGCUUCUUCAGGCGGCUGAUCAGUUUAAGGACCAGACGUUCUUUCUCAGCCAGAUUUCACAGGAAGCCCUGCGGAGAACGAUUUUUCCUCUGGGAGAUUUAACUAAAGACUUUGUAAAAAAGAUUGCUGCGGAACAUCACCUCCACCAUGUACUGCAGAGAAAAGAGAGCAUGGGAAUCUGUUUCAUUGGUGAAAGGAAUUUUGAAAAGUUCAUUCUUGAGUAUUUGGAGCCGCGUCCAGGCAAUUUUGUUUCCAUCGAAGAUGAUAAAGUCAUUGGAUCACACAAAGGUUGGUUCUUGUAUACACUUGGACAGAGAGCCAGAAUAUCAGGCCUCAAAGAUGCUUGGUUUGUUGUAGAUAAAAAUACAGCCUCUGGGGAUGUCUUUGUGGCACCCUCCACGGACCACCCUGCGCUUUACAGAAGUCUCUUGCGGACAAAUAGAGUGCACUGGAUUGCGGAGGAACCGCCCGCUGAACUGAUUCGGGACAAAAUGAUGGAGUGCAAUUUCCGCUUCCAACACCAGAUGGCACUAGUGCCUUGCACAUUAACUUUGAAUCAGGAUGGGACUGUAUGGGUCACACUAGUCACACCCUUGAGGGCUCUGACACCAGGACAGCUGCAGGCUCUGUCAAGGUGAGGUGAUAACACCCAAUUACUCAUCUGGGACCUAAGGAAUUUUUGAGACGGAUGUGCAAAUACCUAGGCCCUGGGUUGCAACCACUGGACACAUAUUUCGUUGAAAAACAGCAACUGAAAUGAUCAAAGGUCUAGAGACCAUGCCCUAUGAGGAGCAUUUUAAAGAGUUGGGCAUGUUUAUCCUGCAGAACAGAAGGUUGAGAGGAGGCAUGACCACCAUAUAUAAAUACAGUAUGUGAAAGGCUGUCAUAAGAGGGAGCAGGCUUGUUUUCUGCUGCUCUUGAAACUAAGACUUGAAACAAUGGGUUCAAAUUACAGGAAAGGAUAUUCCAACAUUAGGAAGAACUUCCUGGCCAUGAGAGCUAUUCAGUAGUGGAACUCUCUGCCUCAGAGUGUAGUGGAAGCUCCUUCCUUUGAAGGCUUUUAAACAGAGGCUGGAUGGCCAUCUGUUGGGGGUGGUUUGAUUGUGCUUUUCGUGCAUGGCAGGGGUUUGGACUAGAUGGCCCAUGUGAUCUCUUCCAAUUCUGUCAUUCUAAGUGUUAAGCACAUUUAUGUUUUUUUCAGAGGCCUAGAAGUUGCUGUUUCAAUUCUUAGCUGUGUGAGCACCUAAUUUUCAACACUGGAAGAUGAAUUUGAAACUGUUUUUUAAAAAGGGGGUUUAUAAUGUGGCAUGAAAAUUUGGGUGUUCUGCAAUUGUUAUUAAAAUUGUAGGUUUUGCAAUUCAACUGAAUUGCAAUGAUUUAGCUUAUGUUUUAGAGAGGUAUUGGCAUAGCUAUUAGCUGUAAUGGCUAUAGGAUUCUGGGAAAUGUCAUUCAAAAAGGUCACACUUGUAACCUCAAAAUGUGUUU